AUGAAGAAGGUUGAAGAUGGUAACAUUUUGGUUUUCCAAGUUUCCAUGAAAGCUAACAAAUACCAAAUCAAGAAGGCCGUCAAGGAAUUAUACGAAGUUGAUGUAUUGACUGUCAACACUUUGGUUAGACCAAACGGUACCAAGAAGGCUUACGUUAGAUUGACUGCUGACUUCGAUGCUUUGGACAUUGCUAACAGAAUCGGUUACAUUUAA